AUGCCAGUUACUCGAUCCCAAACAGCUGCACAAAUACGAUCGAUUCAACAAAGCCUUCAAGAGAGCAAUGCAAAUGACAACACCCAACAACAACAACAACAACAACAACAACAACAACAACAACAACAACAACAACAACAACAACAACAACAACAACAACAACAACAACAACAACAACAACAACAACAACAACAACAACAACAACAACAACAACAACAACAACAACAACAACAACAACAACAACAACAACAACAACAACAACAACAACAACAACAACAACGCAAUGAGUCCACUGCUGCUGCGGAGGAGGAAGCGAAUGCAACCAUUGCUGCUGCGCCAGUAGCUGCUACAAGAAGCUCCAAUGCCGAACGUCAUAAAAGAAAGAAACGACAAUCAGCUACUGAUCCUGGUACCAAGGGACCUGCCAACACGCCCAAGCGAUCCAAACUUCAACCAUCAGUCAGAGCAGAGGCAGUACAAGAACGACUUGAUCGCGCACUUACUCAACGCAUGUACGUCGUGAGCCGCGUACAAAAAAAUGACCAUCAUAUCGAAUUCCACGUGCUUGGUAGCACAGGAAAUUACUAUACCGUCCAUAUCACCAACAAAAUGAAGUGCGACUGCUACGACCAUCGUUACCGACGUCUCCAUUGCAAACAUUUGUUGCUCGUUCUCGCCAGGGUGUUUCAUGUCGAAAGGGGUUCCCCAGCCUACGCAAAGCUCUCCCUCACUGAUGAGGAACUCCAAGCCGUGUUUGCAAAUUGUUUGCCUGACCCUACAGUAAUGGUGGACGAUGAAGUAAAGGCAUUGAUUGACAGCAAGAUUAGUGGUCAACCGGUGAAAGAUGAUGAAGCAAGCUUGAUCCGGAAGAGCCUCAAAGAUGAUCCUGAUUGCCCUAUUUGCUAUGAAACUCUCACAGAAGACCAAAUUGCCGCUAUUACGUUUUGCAAGGUUUGCGGAAAUAACGUGCACAAGGACUGCUUUCAACAAUGGCGCCAACAACUUACCAAACAUGGCCAAACCGUAACAUGCGUAUUCUGCCGCAGUCCUUGGAAAAUACCAAAACCUAUUACCAAACCCAAAAAAUCCUCACAAGGCUUCGCCAACUUUGCACAUGAUUCUGGUUUGUUAUUUGAUAUCGAAGAAGAACUUCAACAAGAAUCAUCAACAACAACAUCUUAA